AUGGAGACGUGGUUCAUCAUCGUCGUUUCACUCUGCGUUGCCGCCCUUAUCAGGUCCCUUCUCUUCCGCCAGAGCGGCGCCGACGACAAGAAGCUACCACCAGGGCCCUCGCUCAUCUCCUCCAACUUCAUACUGCUAACCAAUUCCCUCUCGGAAUUAGAACCCAUUCUCAGAAAAUUCAAGUCCAAGUAUGGACCACUCAUCACUCUUUCCAUCGGUUCUCGUCCUUCCAUCUUCGUCGGAAACCACUCCCUCGCCCACCAAGUCCUCAUUCAGAAGGGCGCUGUCUUCUCCGACCGCCCUAGAACACUCGCCGUACGUAACAUCUCCUCAGCCGCCUACGGCCCUACUUGGAGGGUCCUCCGUCGAAAUCUGGCCUCCGAAGUCCUACACCCCUCCCGUGUGAAGUCCUACUCCUGGGCUCGCAAGUGGGUCCUUCAGAUACUUCUUGGUCGCCUCCGGGAGCAGAAGGAGGCUGCCGGAAUCAAGGUGAUUGAUCAUUUUACAUACGCCAUGUUCUGUCUGUUGGUACUUAUGUGCUUUGGAGAGAAACUUGACGAGCAUCGUAUCAAUGAAAUCGCAACCGUACAGCGCCGGUUGCUGUUGUUAGUCGGCUCCGGGCGUUUUAACGUACUGGGUAUUUUUCCAAGAUUAGGGAAGAUAUUGUUUAGAAACAGAUGGAAACAGCUCUUGCAAAUACGCGAAGAUCAAGAACAAGUGCUGAUUCCACAUAUUAAAUCUCGAAUCGAAAGUGCUAAUUCCGAACCACAAUCAGUUGGAGACGAACGAAUCGUGGCGUAUGUCGACACACUGGUAAAUAUACAGCUUCCAGAGGAAGAAGCCAACAAUGAAAAUGGCGGAAAGCUGACUCAGAAGGAGAUGGUGAGUAUGUGUGGCGAGUUUCUUAACGCCGGCACAGACACCACCUCUACUGCUCUACAAUGGAUCAUGGCCAAUCUCGUGAAGCAUCCUGAAAUUCAGAGCAAGCUAUAUAAUGAAAUCAUUUCAGUCGUCGGAUCACCAUCUCCACCGCCGCCACCAGGGGUAGAACCAGAAUCUGUUAUAAACGAAGAGGACUUAAAGAAGAUGCCAUACCUGAAAGCGGUGGUUCUGGAAGCGUUGAGGAGACAUCCACCAGGGCAUUUCGUGUUGCCCCAUAGGGUCACAAAGGAGAUGGAGGUGCAAGGGUUUACGAUUCCACAGGGUGCCACCAUUAAUUUCAUGGUGGCUGAGAUGGGUUUGGAUCCAACGGUCUGGGAUGAUCCCAUGGAGUUCAAACCAGAGAGGUUCAUCAAUGGUGAUUUCGAUAUAACUGGAAGCAAAGGGAUAAAGAUGAUGCCAUUUGGUGCAGGAAGAAGGAUAUGUCCAGGCUCUGAUUUGGCUCUGCUUCAUUUGGAAUAUUUUGUUGCCAAUUUGAUUUGGUAUUUCCAUUGGAGUCCUCCUGAUGGUUAUCAUGUUGAUCUCUCUGAGAAGGUGGAGUUCACCAUUGUCAUGAAAAACCCUCUGCAAGCACGAGUCUCUUCAAGGACAGAAAACGUAACAUCUUGA